CAAUGGCAUCAAAAUAUAGCACAAUGAGAAGUUUUUGUUUGUUAUGCUAUAUAAUUGUCACCUUUUUGCAACGUUUUGAUACCCUGUAUUUUGUGUGAUUAUAUAAGAAAAUGUGCUUUAAUGACUCGGACGUGCUGAGCCUUGAAUUUUGUGAGGGUGAGAAAAUGCUGCGAAGUUGUAUGUGAAAGUCUCUGAAAAUAUAUCUUUUUGUCGACGACUACAAAAUAAAUAAAAAAUUUAUUUUACAAUAUACUACUGGGAUAAUAGAAAUAUGGCGCCAAACGAAGAAAUUGAUUUUAAGCUUCAAUAUACUGCGGCAAUUAUAGGAAAAAUUUGUUAUUUGUCAAAUUGCAAUUACCGAUCCAAUUACCGACAUCUUGAGUAAUCCAGGACUCGUAUCUCUGCUAAACUCUAGCUUCCAUGACAGCAGUUGGGUAUGGCUCCAGUGCAGCAUGGACUUCUCCAGCAUUGCCUUAUUUGACCAGUGAAACAUCACACUUGCCAAUAUCAAAAGAACAAAGUGAUUGGAUAGCAUCACUUUUAACAAUAGGUUUCGUGCUAGGAUAUUUACUAAAUCCACUAAUAAUUGAUAGAUUAGGACGAAAAAAGACUUUAUUAUGGCUCGCAAUACCACAAAUUACUUCCUGGAUCAUGAUAAUUCUAGCAAGAGAUUGUCUCGUAUUAUAUAUUGCAAGAAUUUUAAAAGGAUUAGGAUAUGGUGCAGCAAUAUGUACACUCACCGUUUAUCUUUCCGAAAUUGGAAAUAGAAAAAAUAGAGGCAUAUUUCUUGUAUUAUUAUCUUUGUCCUUAAACAUUGGAAUCUUAUUCGUCAUGAUCCUUGGAGCAUACUUGCCAUACAAUUACAUGAACAUCGCCCUCCUCUGUAUACCAAUUUUUUUCGUUUGCACCUUUUUCUUUGUGCCGGAUUCUUUAUAUUUUCUACAGAAAAACAUCGAGUGUGAAGAAAAGAAGCUGAAGCUGAUGGAUCUUGGAAAUGAAGAAGAAGAAGAAAGAGAAGAAUCAAAAAUCGGAAAACCUUUGAAAAAAAUGGAAAAUGGGAGCGGAACCUUACCGAAAUUAAAUAUGGGACAAUUUAAACCCUCAUUUUUAAGUUUCAAGGAAACCAAUUUGUGGAAGUUACUUUCCUUCCGAAAUAAUCGAAGAGCUUUACUGGUCCUAACAUUUUUGGGUGCGCAACAGGCAUUUUCAGGCUAUGCAGCUUUGAUAUUUUUUGCUCAACAAAUUUUUACUUACGAUGGCUCGAUGUUUAAACCAGAAAUAUCUUCUUUGUUACUGGCAAGUACACAGUUUAUUGCUUGCGUAAUAGGUACACAGUUGGUGGAACGAAUCAAAAGGAAAAUUUUUUUGUUUUCAACUGGGAUGGUGGGUGCAAUCUCCUUGGCAAUUGUGGCAAUUUUUUUCUUCUUGGAAAAAGAACAGUUUGAUGUUUCCUCUAUCAGGUGGUUCCCAAUUUUUGGAGUUGUGGUGUAUGAACUAAUGCUUACUGUUGGCUCCAUCAAUCUUUUUUAUGUUUAUCAAGGAGAACUUUUUACACCCGAUGUUAAAAAUUUAGCGAUAGCUGUCACUAAAAUUCAAUAUAUGGUAUUUGCCUUCUUUUCCCUGUUUCGAUUUCAACAAUUGAUUGAGACACUGGGUAUGCAUGGUGUGUUUUUUGUUUUUUCCAUUCUUUGUGCCAGUGGUACUUUUCUUGCUUUUAUUACCAUACCUGAAACAAGAGGAAAAAGACUAGAAGAUAUACAAGUGAUGUUGAACUCGAGGAAAAUAUGCUUUUUCCAUUUUUAAUGUUUCUGAGAUGAUUGUAUAAUGAUAAUGUAGUCCGUUUACAUAGAAUGUUGCGUGUAUGAACUUUAUUGUAAAAUUUUAGUAAUUAUUUAUGUU